AUGGGUACUCUAAGCGUUCAACCACCAACGGGAAUGAUGCGAAAUAUCACCGAAGUUUUUAUACUUUUGCGAAAUAAUUCAUUUCAAAGUAAAUUCAUUAAUAUCAAUGAAACUACGGGUACAACAGACGAAAAAAUGUGUUUGGUAAAUCUAGAUGAAGAAGGAGAAAAAGCAGUUGCUGGAACGUUUAGGUCUUUACCACCCGAUUGGAUUAAUUAUUUGGAUGAAACACAGUAUGAAUUCACAAGAAUCCGUUCACGCCUAAAACAAAUAAGGGAAAUGCAGCAAAAUCAUAUUGCUAAACCAUGUUUUAUCGAAGAUUCUGAAGUUCAACAGAAAAUGGAUAUUAGUACCGAUGAAGUCACUCAGAUGUUCUCACAUUGCCAGAGGCUUAUCGGGUUUAUUGAGAAAUCUAACGUUCCUGUUGGUACUCAACAAUACAUUUUACGUGGAAAUGUAAUGAAUACUUUGAGAUGUACAUUAAGUAACAUGGCAAAUGAUUUUCGAACAAGUCAAGCGAAAUAUCUGAAACACACUCAGAUGUUCUCACAUUGCCAGAGGCUUAUCGGGUUUAUUGAGAAAUCUAACGUUCCUGUUGGUACUCAACAAUACAUUUUACGUGGAAAUGUAAUGAAUACUUUGAGAUGUACAUUAAGUAACAUGGCAAAUGAUUUUCGAACAAGUCAAGCGAAAUAUCUGAAACAAAUUGAAUCUCGGAAAGAAACUGUAAAUUCUUACUUAUUAACUCCUUCUAGUGGCUGGGUCAAUAUGGAAAUAUUGGAUAGUGUUCCAGUUGAUAAUGCAGAAGAAUUAACGAUGGAACAAAUCCAGUUGUUACUUCAAAAUGCAGAUAUCGUUAAAGAGCGUGAAAAAGAUGUUCUUAGUGUUAGUAAAUCAAUUGUUGAAUUGAACACAAUUUUCAAAGAUCUUGCAUCACUGAUAACAGACCAGGGAAGUAUUCUUGAUCGUAUAGAUUUCAAUGUCGAACAAACAUCGAUUAGAAUCCAGUCAGCUUUACAAAAUAUCGAAAAAGCCGAAAAGUAUCAAAGGAAUGAUAAAAAAAUGCACUGUAUUGUUAUUUUAUCAGUAACGAUUAUUAUUUUGCUUUUAUUGUUAAUUAUUGUUAAGACUUAA